AAAACCUACAAGUGGAGGACAAAAAAAAGUUUAUCGGCCCCAAAACUUGCGAAAAUUAACCGAGAAAAUUGGCAAACAAGUUAAUGAAAAAGAGCAAUUAGUUCGGGAAAAAAGGGACUUGGAAAAAUUAAGAAAAAGAGUAGCCACUAAACUAGCUGAGGGGAAAAGUGAAGAUGAAAAGGGCCGAGACUUGCUAGAA